GACCAUGGCGGCGGCACUGCUGUCAAAUAGGAAAUUUGAUAAAUUCAUUCAAAAUCAUAUAAAACUUACUAGAUCCCUCUGUAAUAUUAAAUCAGUAGUAUUAAAUAAACCACAAUUUAGUAUAAUAUGUAAACAAUGUGCUUCUGCUAGUUAUUAUAGGUACUAUUCAUCAUCUCCAAACAAUGCGGCUGGAUCCGAUACUGCAAAAAAUGUUUUGGCGGCCGUGCUGGCAAAUAAGCCAAAAAGUGGAAAAAUCCCAGUUGGUAUCCAAAAGAGAGACUGCUUUCACCCAGGUGCCUCUGUUUUGUCCCGUGAAGAUAUUAACUUGGGUGAUGCGAAACCUGUUUCCGGAAUGGACAUGAUACGGGGCAUGAUGGAAUAUGUAUGGCCAAAGGAUAAUGCGAUGAUCAGAAAUCGUGUGAUGCUGUCUCUCUCCCUCCUGUUUGGUGCGAAGAUGAUGAAUGUCACCGUCCCCUUCUUAUUCAAGUAUGCAGUGGAUGAGGUGAACCACGUAGCCACAACGCCCGCCGGCGACGCGUUGUUGGGAAUGGCGACCGUACCUCAAGCUCUUGGCACAACAGCAUUUAGUUUAUUGGUUGGAUACGGCAUCGCGCGCGCCACCGCGGCCGGCUUCAACGAGCUGCGCAACGCCGUGUUCGCGCGCGUGGCGCAGCACUCCAUCCGGCGGCUGGCCUGCAACGUCUUCACGCACCUGCACAGCCUCGACCUCAGCUUCCACCUCGGCCGCCAGACGGGCGCGCUCUCCAAGACUAUAGACCGCGGGUCGCGCGCCAUCAACUUCGUGUUGUCAGCCAUGGUGUUCAACGUGGUGCCCACGAUAUUCGAGCUCGCCUUAGUCUCCUCGAUACUUGGACUUAAAGGAGGCAUCGCUUUUGCAGGCGUGGCGUUCAGCUGCGUGGGCGUGUACGCGGCGUUCACGCUGGCGGUGACGCAGUGGCGCACCAAGUUCCGCGUGCACAUGAACCGCGCAGAGAACGAGGCCGGCAACAAGGCCGUCGACUCCCUCAUCAACUACGAAACUGUUAAAUACUUUAACAACGAGAAAUACGAACUAGAAAAAUACGACCAAAGUCUAAAGAAGUACGAGGAUGCCUCUCUGAAGACCGCGUCCAGCCUGGCGGCGCUGAACUUCGGCCAGCACGCCAUCUUCAGCGGCGGCCUCAGCAUCAUCAUGAUCAUGGCCGCCAAGGAGAUCGCACAAGGUAACAUGACGGUGGGCGACCUGGUGAUGGUGAACGGGCUGCUGUUCCAGCUGUCCAUCCCGCUGGGCUUCCUGGGCUCGGUGUACCGCGAGGUGCGGCAGGCGCUCAUCGACAUGCAGACCAUGUUCACUCUCAUGACCGUGCAGUCCAGGAUCAAGGAAAAGGCGAAGGCGCCGCUGCUGAACGUGACGGCGCAGACAGCCAGCAUAGAGUUCAAGGAUGUCAGCUUCAAGUACAUCAACGGGAAGCCCAUCUUCAACAAUCUCAGCUUCUCCAUACCGCCCGGCAAGAAGAUCGGCAUCGUCGGCGGCUCCGGCAGCGGUAAAUCGACGAUGGUGCGGCUGCUGUUCCGGUUCUUCGAGCCGCAGGCGGGGCACAUCUCCAUCGCGGGACAGAACAUCAAGGACCUCGACCUCACCAGCCUUAGAAAAGCCAUCGCCAUCGUGCCACAGGACUGCGUGCUAUUCCACGACACCAUCUUCCACAACCUGCAGUACGGCGCGCUGUCGCGGCCGCCGCAGGACGUCUACACCGCCAGCAAGAUGGCCGAGCUGCACGACUCCGUGCUCACCUGGCCCAAGGGCUACGAGACGCAGGUGGGCGAGCGCGGGCUGAAGCUGUCGGGCGGCGAGAAGCAGCGCGUGGCGAUCGCGCGCGCCAUCCUCAAGGACUCGCCCAUCAUCGUGUUCGACGAGGCCACCUCCAGUCUCGACUCUAUCACCGAGCACGCGAUUCUACAAGCGUUGAAAGCGGCGACUGUGGGUAGAACAUCAAUCUGCAUCGCUCACCGGCUGUCCACCGUGGCUGACGCUGACGAGAUCCUGGUGCUGGAAGCUGGAGCCAUCACCGACCGCGGCACGCACGACCAGCUGCUGGCGCGCCCCGGCUCGCUGUACCGCCGGCUGUGGGAUAAGCAGAACAGGGACAAAUGACCUAACACUCACUAAUAUUGGUUACAGCCUUAUUAAUAAACACAUUUAAGAAAUAUAUAGACUUGAUAGUGAACAUUUUUUCACUGGUAACUUCUUCGAAAGGUACUAUGUUGUCAAGUUUAGUGCCACCUCAUGAUUGUAUUGAUAUGUUAUUAAAACAUUUUACAAAUGUAUAGUAAACUAAUAAACCUUUUGUUUUAAAAUCACCUAAAUAUUGUCAGCUUCCUCUAUAUAUUUUUUGAAUUUCUGCUUAUUAAGGAGAAAAUUGUUGUGACGAUUUCAAUUGAAUUCGCCAAAUGGUACCCAAUGGUUAUACCUUUUGUUAUACAUUCUGUAUACGUAAGAACAUACUACAAGUUAUUUUAUUGUUAAAUAUUGUUUGUUAUAAUUAUUGCUCUCGCUGUCUUCUUAAAGAGACACUUGCAUUCUAUGGUAAAGAUUUUUAUCAAAAUUGUUAUAUUUGAAAUAAAUGUUGUAGUUUAAAUUUUAUAAUUAUGACACUGGUUAACUGAAAGAUAGUUUUUACUUUUUUAAUGACUUGACAAGCAAAUAAAUAAUUGAAAUUUGGUUGGUGACACUAGUUAACUAAAAUACAUACAGUUUUUUUUUCAUUGAAAUGGAACAUGUUCACUAUAUGAUCAAAUAAAUGUAAAUAUUAUAAAACACCGAUGUAAUUAUUAUGUAAAAGAUUUCUAAGAUCUUAUCUACGAUCUCAAAGAGUUUUUGAAUGUAGUGUCUUAGAUAUCUAAUUUUCUAAUUAUUUUCUUAUUAAAUAAAUAGAAAUUUUAUUUGUAUAUUCAUAAGCCGUCGCCAAAUCGUAAAUCUUAAAAUUAUCAAAGAACGUCAUAAAAACGUUUUUAAUUAAGUAAUUUUGGACGUGUAUUGAAUAUAAAGAUCCCAUUAAAAUUAAAUGUAAAAAUUUAUAAAGGAAACUUACGUAUGUGUAACUUAUGUAAUGAGUUGCUUUCAUGUAAAUACACUACGCGAAUAUGUACAGUUUAUUGUAUAAAUAAGAAUAUUAUUUUGUUUUAA